GGAUCGACAUGGGAUGGAAUAUAUGAAGGCGGAAUAGUACAUACAUACACCCAGCCAGGGGACGUCGCAACCGAUCUACGAAUCCUCUCUUACUCUCUCUCCCAGGAUGACGGAGAAGUCUGGCGAGACGUGGAAGGCGCACUGGAAGUGCUUCGUCGCCUGUGGCAUCAUUGUGCUCUCGCCCUUCCAAUAUGGCAUCGACUUUGGUCUUAUCGGCGGCCUGCAGGCUAUGCCCGGCUUCCUCAAGAUCUACGGCCACGAAGCGCCCGGUACAGCCAUCGGGUGGAACCUCGACACCAUGCGACAGCAGCUGAUCUCGUCGCUCAUGACGCUCGGCGCCUUCAUCAGCUCCGGAACGGCCGGUGUCAUUGCCACAUACGUCAGCCGCAGACAGUGUUUGUGGAUGGCAUGCGUGGGCUGCGCCAUUGCAAAUAUCCUCAUGAUGGCCACCGAGCACAUUGGCGCGCUCUAUGCCGGGCGCUUCCUCAUCGGGCUGGCGAACGGGUACUUCAUGACCUUCUCGCAGCUGUACCUCCAGGAGAGCAGCCCGGCACGGUACCGAGGAUUGUUCCUGACGGCCUUCCAGUUCUUCACGUCCUUUGGCACGCUCAUCGGCACCAUCAUCGACUGGGCCACUGCCGGCCGGCCAGACAAGUCCGCCUACCUGAUCCCGCUGGGCAUGAUCUACAUCAUCCCGACCAUUCUGGCCGUCGCCAUGCUGUUCAUCCCGGAAUCGCCCCGCUGGCUCAUCCUCACGGGACGAUACGAGGAGGGUGUCAAGGCCCUGCGCUGGCUGCGGCCGGUUGACGCCGACGUGGACGGCGAGGCUUCCGAGAUCCGGGCUGCUAUCCAGAAGGAGAGGGAGCUCGGCACCGGCGCCUCAGUCGUAGACAUGUUCGCCAACCCGAUCGACAGGCGGCGCACCAUCCUCGCCGUGUGCGCCGUUACGCUGCAGGCCGCGUCUGGAUCCAUGUUCAUCAUUGCCUACAAAGCGUACUUCCUCGCCAUGUCCAAGGUGGCCAACCCGUUCGGCAUGAGCAACGUGCUGAGCGCCAUGGGCAUCCUGGCCAUCUUCUUCAACUCGCUCAUCGUCGUCCGCUACGGCCGCCGCCGCACCAUCCUGAUGCUCGGGCUGGCCCUCUGCGGCCUCUUCCAGCUCAUCAUCGCCAUCGUCUACGACAAGCAGCCCGGCACGACCUCGACCGGCCAGGUCCUCGUGGCAUUCACCUGCAUCUACAUGAUGAGCUACAACGGAAUGAUCUCGUCCUACGCCUGGCUCGCAGGAGGCGAGAUCCCCUCGCAGCGGUUGCGGUCGUACACCUUCGGCCUGGCCGCGGCGGCCGGGUUCCUGUUCGCCUGGCUGACCACCUUCACGGCACCCUACUUCAUCAACCCGGAGUCGCUCAACUGGGGCCCACGGUACGGGUACAUCUGGGCGCCGUCGUGCGUGCUGGCCGCGCUGUGGGUCUUCUUCUUUUUGCCGGAGACGAAAGGCCGCACGCUCGAGGAGAUCAAUGAGAUGUUUGAGGCGCGGCUGCCGGCGCGAAAGUUCCGCAAGCAUGUUUGCGUCGGGCACGUCGCCGUCGGCGGGGAUGGUGAUAAGGUGGUCGUGCAGGGUAAGGAGGUGGAGGUGGAGUUAGGGAGGCCUGCCUCGAAGGAGAAGGCUAUGGGUGAGGUCCAGCAUGCGGAGACGAAAGUCUGAGUAAGGUACUAGGUAAUAGGUCUGGAGGGGGGACCCCGAUAGACUAAUAUGAGAAUUAUGGGCUGGUAUGGGCAGUAAAUGCU